AUGCUAGCAAUCCAAUUACUCUGCAGUUUCUUUCUAAGCUUUUUUUUGGUAAAUGCAACCGCAAUCGAGGAAACAAUCGCCUCUUUUAGCGACAAGAAUACAAGUGAUGAUCAUGUCGACUUUACCGAGAGCUCUCAAGAGAAGCCCCAGCAUGUCGAUAUUGAUGUCACGUACGAUAUAUUGGAAAAGCCUGAACUAAAAUUUGACAGUCCAGUAGAGUUUGCUGCUGAAGAAUAUGCCACGUUCAAUUUCACUUUGAAGAAUAAUGAAGAGGUCAACAUAACCGUGGUAGGAAUAUCCGGGCAUGUUAUUAGUAACCCUGAAGGCUAUCAGGUUGCAAAUAUAUCUGAGAGAGCAGUUGGUCCUUAUGAAGUUCCAGUCAAUGGAACACUCAACUUUCAGACUGCUGUUCAGCUCAUUCUUCCUGAAGGCUCCUUCUAUGUGGCGCCUUUAGUUGCAGUCGUUCAAGACCAGAAGCCCAUGAGGCUGGGCAUACGUCCACUUUCAAUAUUUGUAUCACCACCUCCAAUGUCUUUUUUUAAUCCUGCGUUUAUUUCAGUCCAAGUCAUUCUUGCUCUGCUCAUCGCUGUCCUUGUUGUACCACUCAUGAACUAUUUCAAAACCGAUUCUAAGAAAGCCAAAGCCGUGAAGCCUACUUCUGUUGAUGAAUCGUGGUUACCUGAAACCUACAAGAAGUGA